CUUUUUUGCAAACCUCCUCUACCCACCCAUCCCGCGCCCGGAUUGCUUUUGUGCCGCGAUGGGGUGGGAAAAGCGAGCCCCCGGGUCCCCCUUCGCCGGCGCUCGCCUCCUGCGCCUCCUCUUGCCGCCGCUGCUGCUGGCAUCGUGGCUGGGCAGUUGCAAUGGAAGUUGUCCCGAGAGGGAACUGGAGAGGAGGGAGGAAGAAGCCAACGUUGUCCUCACAGGGACGGUGGAGGAAAUCGUGAACGUGGAUCCGGUGCAUCAGACCUACUCUUGCAAGGUGAGGGUCUGGCGGUAUCUGAAGGGCAAAGAGGUUGUGACUCAUGAGAUCCUCCUGGAAGGUGGAAAUAAAGUCAUGAUUGGGGGAUUUGGGGACCCCUUGAUCUGCGACAACCAGGUGUCCACAGGGGACACCCGGAUUUUCUUCGUCAACCCUGCUCCGCACUAUAUGUGGCCUGCUCACAAGAACGAACUGAUGCUCAACUCAAGCCUCAUGCGGAUUACACUGCGAAAUUUGGAAGAGGUGGAGCACUGUGUGGAAGACAAACCAGGGUACUAUUUUCCACAGCAGCUGCCAACGCCACAGGAUGUGUGUCGAGGUGUGCUGUGUGGGUUUGGCGCCGUGUGCGAGAGGAGUGCAACAGGCCCCUCCCAGGGACUAUGUGUGUGCAAGAAGACCACGUGCCCCUCAGUGGUGGCCCCUGUCUGUGGCUCGGAUUAUUCUACCUACAGCAACGAAUGUGAGCUGGAGAAGGCUCAAUGCAACCAACAGCGCCGGAUCAAAGUCAUCAGCAAAGGGGCAUGUGGUUCAAAGGACCCCUGUGCAGAGGUGACCUGCAGCUUUGGAAGCACCUGUGCCCGCUCCACGGAUGGGCUGUCAGCUAAGUGCAUCUGCCCGUCCUCAUGCAGCGGCGUGCCUGAAAACGUGGUGUGCGGCAGCGAUGGCAAGGACUACCGCAGCGAGUGCCACCUCAACAGGCACGCCUGCGACAAGCAAGAGAACCUUUUCAAGAAGUUUGACGGACCUUGUGACCCUUGCAAGAGCACCCACAACGACAUGAACAGAGUUUGCCGGGUCAACCCUCGCACUCGGCGUGCUGAGCUCCUGCUCCGGCCUGAGAGCUGUCCACCGAAGCGGGAUCCAGUGUGUAGCGAUGAGGGGGUAACCUAUGACAACGACUGUGUCAUGCUGAGGUCGGGCGCCAUUCGGGGGAUCGAGAUCCAGAAAGUGCGGUCAGGACAGUGCCUGCUUCAGGACAAGUGCAAGGACGAGUGUCGCUUUAACGGCGUGUGCCUGAACCGCCGGGGGACUGCCCGCUGCUCGUGCGAGCGCAUCGCUUGUGAUGGCUCCUACCGGCCUCUCUGCGGCAGGGACAGCCGGACCUAUGCCAACGACUGCGAGCGGCAGAAAGCUGAGUGCCAGCAGAGAGCCGCCAUCCCGGUCAAGCACCAGGGCCCUUGUGAUCUUGGCACGCCUAGCCCCUGCCUGAGUGUUGAGUGCACUUUUGGGGCUACCUGCGUGGUGAAGAACCAGGAAGCGGUGUGCGAAUGCCAGCAAGUGUGCCAGAGCAUCUACGACCCGGUCUGUGGCAGUGAUGGCCUCACCUAUGGCAACCCCUGUGAGCUCGACGCCAUGGCUUGCGCCCUCCGGAAGGAGAUUAGGGUGAAACACAAGGGCCCUUGUGACCAUUGUGGGAAAUGUCAGUUUGGCGCCAUCUGCGAGGCAGAGACUGGCAGGUGCAUUUGCCCCACUGAGUGCGUCCCCUCUGCUCAGCCGGUCUGCGGCACGGACGGAAACACCUAUGGAAACGAGUGCGAACUCCACGUGCGGGCCUGCACCCAGCAGAUCAACAUCGAGGUGGCGGCACAAGGCAACUGCAAAACCUGUGGGACUACGACGUGCUCCUUUGGGGCCAUAUGUGUGGGUGGGCAGUGCAUCUGCCCACGCUGCGAGAAGCAACCUUUGGCCCGAGUGUGCGGGAGCAAUGGUGUCACCUAUGACAAUUCAUGCGAGUUGCGGGUGGCGGCUUGUCAGCUGAAAAAGGACAUUGAGAUAUCAAGGACGGGCCCUUGCGAGGAUGAAUGUGGGUCAGGAGGAUCUGGCUCUGGGGACUCCAACGAGUGUGACCGGGACAGCUGCCGACAAUACGGCGGCUCGUGGGAUGAGGAUGUGGAAGAUGACCGCUGUGUGUGUGACUAUACCUGUGGAGCUGUGCCAAGGAAUCCAGUAUGUGGCUCUGAUGGUGUGACCUACGCUAAUGAGUGCGAACUCAAAAAGACACGCUGCGAAAAGCGACAGGAUAUCUAUGUGACGGGUCAGGGCGGCUGCCGAGGAACCACAAUCCUACCUCCUCCACUCCUCCACUGCAGCCAGACCGUUUAUGGGUGCUGCCCAGACAAUGUGACCUUGGCUCUUGGUGUCGGCUCUGCAGGCUGCCCCAGUACCUGCCACUGUAACCCCUACGGUUCCUAUGGAGGCAGUUGUGACCCUGCCACAGGGCAGUGCUCCUGCAAACCUGGCGUGGGGGGCUUAAAGUGUGACCGCUGCGAGCCGGGCUUCUGGAACUUCCGUGGCAUUGUCACCGACAGCAAGAGUGGCUGUACCCCUUGCCACUGUGAUCCCGUGGGCUCGGUGCGCGAUGACUGUGAGCAGAUGACAGGCUUGUGUUCCUGCAAAACCGGCAUCACCGGCAUGAAAUGCAACCAGUGUCCCAACGGAAGCAAGCUGGGAAUGUCUGGCUGUGAGAAAGACCCAUCUGCACCCUCGUCCUGCACUGAAAUGGUGUGUGAGUUUGGGGCGUCCUGCGUGGAAGUAAAUGGCUUUGCACACUGUGAGUGCCCAUCCCCACUCUGCACGGAGGCCAACAUGACCAAGGUCUGCGGCUCGGACGGAGUGACCUAUGGUGACCAGUGCCAGCUGAGGACCAUCGCUUGCCGACAAGGGCAGGUCAUAGAGGUGAAGCACUUUGGCCAGUGCCAAGAAUCCAUCACUCAUGCCAGCCACGCUACACCACCUGCAACCUUGGGACCCCUUCUCCCUCCAACCCCUCAAGCCACCCCCCAGGUUCCUGAGCUGCCCAGGACGCCAGGCAGCUCCCAGCACUUUGAAGUCAAGGCUUCCCCGCAGAGCCACCCAGUCACGCGGCGGAUCAGCACCUCCCCUCGCCCAGCCACAACUGCUUGGACCACGCAUGGUGUCCGCCAGACCACAAUCCGACCUCUGUCGACUGCCCCGGUUGUCCCAGUCACCAGCCAGCCAGCUUACGUUGAGCCAGGCAGCGCAGAAGGCAGUGGGGACCCAGAGAUGGGCAUCAGUGGAGACCAAGAAGGCAGUGGUGCAAGCUCCACCGGGGACGAGGAGAUGGAAGAAGUGAGGGUCACGAGCACCCCAGUUAUAGAGAGGGCCACAUGUUACAACACCCCCUUGGGAUGCUGCUCUGAUGGCAAGACAGCUGCUGCCGACGCAGAGGGAAGCAACUGUCCAGCAACAAAAGUGUUCCAGGGGGUCCUCAUCUUGGAAGAGGUGGAAGGCCAAGAGCUUUUCUACACGCCAGAGAUGGCUGACCCCAAAUCAGAGCUCUUUGGAGAGACCGCCAGGAGCAUCGAAAGCGCGCUGGACGAACUUUUCCGCAACUCUGACGUCAAGAAGGAUUUCAAGAGCAUCCGGGUACGAGACCUGGGCCAGAGCAAUGCUGUGCGUGUCAUCGUUGAGUCUCAUUUUGACCCAGCCACCACCUACACAGCUGCCGACAUCCAGAGGGCCCUUCUGAAGCAGAUCAAAGCCUCCAAGAAGAAAACCAUCCUCGUGAAAAGGCCGCAGCAGGAGAACAUCAGAUUCAUGGACUUUGACUGGAUCCCCCAGCUUUUCACCACCACGACCACCACCACGACGGCCAGCACCAUGGCACCGGCUGCCACCACCACUCGCCACUUCACCACCACCGCUGUUCCCCGGGCCCUGUACCCAGGGAGGUCCAAUGGUAAAGCAACCGGGGCAGUCACCACCAAGAGACCUGUCACUACCGCACCAGCCACCACCGCCAGGAAGAAGCCCAUGCGCCUGACCCCAACCCCAAAGAAGCCGGCACGCCCCUGCGAUUCCCACCCCUGCCUGCACGGCGGCACCUGUGAGGAUGAUGGCCGGGAAUUCACCUGCAGUUGCCCAGCUGGAAAAGGAGGGGCAGUUUGUGAAAAAUCGAUCAGGUACUUCAUCCCCAGUUUUGGAGGAAAAUCCUACCUGGCCUUCAAAAUGAUGAAGGCAUACCACACCGUGCGCAUUGCCAUGGAGUUCCGGGCUUCCGACCUCAGCGGGCUGCUCUUGUACAAUGGGCAGAACCGCGGCAAGGAUUUCAUCUCCCUGGCGCUGGUCAACGGCUUUGUGGAGCUCAGGUUCAACACAGGCUCUGGGACGGGCAUCAUCACCAGCAGAGUGCCCAUUGAGCCUGGCAGAUGGCACCAGCUGGUUGUCAACCGCAAUCGAAGGAAUGGCAUGCUCUCUGUGGAUGGGGAGCCACAUGUCAACGGUGAGAGCCCCAGCGGCACAGAUGGGCUGAAUCUCGACACGGAUCUCUUUGUUGGAGGAGCUCCAGAAGAUCAAAUAGCAGCGGUGGCAGAGCGCACAUCAGUCACAACUGGCCUGAAGGGCUGCAUCCGCCUGCUGGACGUCAACAACCAGAUGUACGACCUGAGGGAGAAGGGCAGCGACGUGCUAUAUGGCAGCGGAGUGGGCGAGUGUGGCAACAACCCCUGCCACCCCAACCCCUGCCACCACGGCGGCCUCUGCCACGUCAAAGAGGCGGAGAUGUUCCACUGCGAGUGCCUCAACGGUUACACAGGGCCAACCUGUGCUGACGAGAGGAACCCCUGUGACCCCAACCCAUGCCACAUCUCUGCCACCUGCUUGGUGCUUCCAGAAGGGGGUGCCAAGUGUGAAUGCCCCAUGGGGCGGGAGGGAGAGUUCUGUCAGACAGUCACAGAGCUGGACCAGACAGUUCCCUUCUUGCCAGAAUUUAAUGGGUUCUCCUACCUAGAGCUGAACGGUCUCCAAGCCUUCGUGCCAGAGCUGCAGGACAAGAUGGCCAUGGAAGUCGUGUUCCUAGCGAAGAACCCGAGUGGCAUGAUCUUCUACAAUGGGCAGAAGACAGACGGCAAAGGGGAUUUCAUCUCCCUGGCUCUUCAUGACGGCUACCUGGAAUAUAGAUACGACCUGGGCAAAGGAGCAGCUGUAAUCAAGAGCAAGGAACCAAUCCCGUUAAACACCUGGAUCAGUGUAUCACUAGAGAGGAACGCACGCAAAGGGGUGAUGAGGAUCAAUAACGGCGAACGGAUCAUGGGAGAGUCUCCGAAAUCCCGUAAGCUUCCUCACACCUCCCUUAACCUGAAAGAACCCCUCUACGUUGGGGGAGCACCCGACUUCAGCAAGCUCGCCCGUGCUGCGGCUAUUUCCACCAGCUUUGAUGGGGCCAUCCAGAGGAUUUCUAUAAAAGGCGUCCCAAUUCUGAAGGAAGAGAACAUCCGUGGUGCCGUCGAGAUCUCUUCCUUCCGCUCCCAUCCAUGCAUCCAGAAGCCCAGCCCUUGCCAGAAUGGGGGGAUGUGUAGUCCUCGCAUGGAAAGCUACGAGUGCACAUGCCAGAGGGGCUCCUUUGGGGUACACUGCGAGAAAGUCAUCACUGAGAAGGCGGCAGGAGACGCGGAGGCCAUUGCUUUCGAUGGCAGGACCUACAUAGAAUACCACAAUGCUGUGACCAAAAGUCCUGAUGCUCUGGACUAUCCCCUGGAUAUCAGUGAGAAGGCCUUGCAGUCGAACCACUUUGAGCUGAGCAUCAAGACCGAAGCCACGCAAGGCCUCAUCCUCUGGAGUGGGAAAGGGCUGGAGCGUUCGGAUUACAUCGCCUUGGCCAUUGUGGACGGCCGCGUACAGAUGACCUACGACCUUGGCUCCAAGCCUAUGGUCCUGCGUUCCACUGUCCCAGUCAACACGAACCAGUGGAUCCAAAUCAAAGCAUACAGAGUGCAUCGAGAUGGGUCCUUGCAGGUUGGCAACGAGGCCCCCAUCACAGGCUCCUCGCCUCUCGGAGCAACUCAGCUGGACACAGACGGGGCUCUUUGGCUGGGAGGACUAGAGAAGCUCAGCGUGGCCCACAAACUCCCCAAAGCCUACAGCACCGGCUACGUCGGCUGCAUAAGAGACGUCACUGUCGACCGUCAAGAACUGCACUUGGUGGAGGACGCUUUAAACAACCCCACCAUAUUACACUGCUCUGCCAAAUAAUAUGGCCUGCCGCCCUCCCUCCCUCUCUCCUCCCUUCCCUUUCCCCACCCCACCCCCCAU